UAUCUUUCUUACACGGUGCCUUAUCCAGUUUUCAUCGCUCCCGCAAAACCCUGCAAUAGAGACACUCAAAAGCACCAGACAAGAGCUUAGAGCCUCCAUUAAUGGCGAUCUGAAAUCUAUCCAAAUCCACUUAGACCCAGUGUAGAGAAAUGGGUUUUCAAAUGCUCACUUACGUAUCACUGCAGAAGGAUUCUGUACCUCUGUUCCUUCCGUCAAUGGAGCUCUCUUCCCCUUUCAGACAUCUCUCAAAACCAUUGUCUGCUUCUUCGUCUGAUAUCUCUUUUUCUUCCUCAUUGUCUGCUUUUCCUAUCCAAAGCCACUUCAAGUACUGUAAAUUCAGAGAACCAAAGUCUCGGGAUUUCCGUAUUUUUUCUGUAACCGUCGAUCCCCAAGAGCUCCCCAGAAGCAGCCCCCAGAGGCUCCUUAGAGAGCUUGCAGAGCGUAAAAAGGUCAUCUCUCCGAAGAAAAAGAUCCCUCCGAGAAGAUUCAUCCUUAAACCCCCUCUAGAUGAUUCCAGAUUGGCCGAAAGAUUCCUCAACAGCCCUCAAUUGUCACUCAAAGCGUUCCCUCUGUUGAGCUCUUGCUUGCCUUCUUCUCGACUCAACAAUGCCGACAAGACGUGGAUUGAUGAGUACCUACUCGAAGCCAAGCAAGCUCUGGGUUACCCCCUCGAGCCUUCUGAUCGAUUUGGCGACGACAAUCCGGCAAAACAGUUCGAUACCUUGUUGUACUUGGCUUUCCAGCAUCCUUCGUGCGAGAGAACGAAUGCUAGGCAUGUCCGGUCGGGCCAUUCGAGGUUGUUGUUUAUAGGGCAAUACGUGCUUGAGUUGGCAUUGGCUGAGUUCUUCUUGCAGAGGUAUCCGAGAGAGUCGCCCGGUCCAAUGAGAGAGAGAGUGUUUGGUUUGAUUGGGAAGCGGAAUCUACCCAAGUGGAUCAAAGCUGCUGGGUUGCAGAAUCUGAUCUUUCCGUUUGAUGAGAUGGAUAAGUUGGUUCGGAAGGAGAGAGAGCCUCCCGUGAAGUCUGUCUUCUGGGCUCUGUUUGGGGCAAUAUAUCUCUGUUUUGGCAUGCCAGAAGUAUAUCGUGUUCUUUUUGAGGUAUUUGGAAUGGACCCUGAAGAUGAGAGCUGCCAGCCAAAAUUAAGGAGACAACUUGAAGAUAUUGAUUAUGCUUCUGUGGAAUUUGAAAACAGAAAGCUCAGUUGGCAAGAUGUUGCUUCCUAUAAGCCUCCAGAAGAUGCACUUUUUGCACACCCAAGGCUUUUCAGGGCAUGUGUUCCACCAGGCAUGCAUCGGUUCCGAGGGAAUAUUUGGGAUUUUGAUAGCAGACCUAAAGUUAUGCAAACCCUGGGAUAUCCGUUGCAAGUGACUGACAGGAUUCCAGAAAUAACUGAGGCCAGGAACAUUGAACUUGGACUUGGGCUUCAGCUGUGUUUCUUGCACCCAUCAAAAUACAAGUACGGGCAUCCUCGGUUUUGUUUUGAGCGACUGGAAUAUGUUGGCCAAAAGAUCCAAGAUCUUGUGAUGGCUGAGAAGUUGCUCAUGAAGCAUCUUGAUGCUCCUGGAAGAUGGAUACAGGAAAGGCACCGCCGUCUUCUGCUCAACAAGUUCUGUGGAAAGUCCUUGAGGGAGAAGUAUCUCCACAACUUCAUCAUAUAUGGUGAGCAAGUCCAGGAUUCAUAUGAACACAACAGAAGACUCAGGAACCCAGCUACAACUGCAGUUCAACAAGCCAUCCAUGGGCUCUCGUACACUGUAUAUGGGAAGCCAGAUGUGAGGCGCCUUAUGUUUGAGGUGUUUGAUUUUGAGCAGAUUCAGCCUAAAGCAGUAUGAAGGUUGUGACAAUUGGCAUCUGGCAGUUAAUGGUGAGAGCAAACACCCCCCCCCAAUCCACUCCGGCUGUUCAUU